AUGCGCGCUACAUUGCUUAUUGCCUCCACUUUCGCGUCCUUGGCCGUCGCCGACUCCACUGCCGAGCCCAGCUCAACAACCAUUAAGUACCUCGAUAUCUCAGCCGACGGUGGUGGAGUCAACCUUGCGCAGUACACCAGCUUUGUUGGCGACGUCUACGCCAUCGACAGAACCGCCACCACCUAUAAGGUCCGUUGCGAGGAUGGUGUGCCAUCCUCCGACUGCAUCAUUGACAGCAAGACCCCUUGGAUCCUCGUUCAGGGCCCAGCGACCUACGCCCUUUCCGCUACUGCGCAUAUCAAAACCGCUGGUGGAACGGGCGCCGUUACAGUGGACAUGGCAUGCUCAUUCACUCACUCUACCGAGUCUAUCUCCUGCUCUGAAUCAGUGGGUAUCUAUGCCUCCGCUGCUGGGCAGAGUACUUCGACAAGCGGUGUUAUCCCCAGCUAUACUAUUGACGCCGAAGCGGUUAGCUACACACACCUCAAGGUUACUGGUGGUCUGAAGGCGUUCAGCGCCGAUGCUACUGCUACUGCUCCCGUUACUGUCAGCUACAAGGAUGCUGGUCAGCCUGUUAUGACUGCUGCGCCUUUGGUCGCUGCCGCCGCGGCCGCCGUUGUUGGUGUCUUUAUCUGA